AUGUGGAACAUCCGAGUUUUUCCCAAGUUGAGAUCUCGCAACAAUUUGCUAGAGAGGCUUAUGAAAGUGAGCAAGGGGGAAUUGUCAAAGAAGUUUUUUUAUGAUUUGUUCUAUGCUAAUUUCAUUGCUAGCGUAUUUACUUAUAAUAUUAUGAUUGAUUUCUUGUGCAAGGAAGGAGAUAUGUGCGGUGCUAAACAACUGCUGUUUAAGAUGAAAGAGAAGGGUUGCUUUACUGAUGUGGUGACUUUUAAUUCAUUGAUUGAUGGGUAUGGAAAAUGCGGGGAACUUGAAGAGACUGCAUCACUCCUUGUAUAUAUGAAGGUUAAUGAUUAUUGUCUUGACUUGAUCACUUACAAUUCAAUCAUUAAUUGUUUUUGUAAGUUUGGGAGGCUACAUGGUGCUUUUGCAUACCUCAAUGAGAUGAAGAGGAAUGAGUUGAAGCCCACUGUGGUUACUUACAGUACUUUCAUUUAUACUUUCUGUAAGGAACAAAUGAUGCAGGAGGCAACCAAACUUUUUGUGGACAUGAAGGUGAGAGGACUUAAACCAAAUGAGUUUACAUAUACAUGCCUUAUUGAUGGGAAUUGUAAAGUCGGAAACCUUCAGGAAGCACUGAUUUUACUAGAUGAAAUGUUGCAAGAUGGCGUAAAGUUAAAUGUUGUUACUUACACCGUUUUAGUGGACGGGCUAUGUAAAGAUGGGAACCUCAAGGAGGCUGAAGAAGUUAUCCAGACAUUGGUGAAGUCUGGAGUGUCUGUGAACCAAUUACCACACGCAGCUUUUAUCCAUGCUCAUUUCAUGAAUAAGAACAUGCAGAGAGCAGUGAAUCUGAUGAUUGAAAUGAGAGAAAAAGGCCACAAACCUGAUAUUUCAGCAUAUGGCACUGCUAUCUGGGGCCUCUGCAAUGAAGAAAAUUUCAGCGAUGUCGAGGCCCUUCUCAAUGAAAUGGAUAACUUUGGAUUGAAACCCAAUUAUGUGAUAUAUACUACUCUUAUGGAUGCAAAUUUUAAGGUAGGAAAUACCUCAGAGGCUCUUAGUUUUCUUCACAAGAUGCAAGAGUUGGGCAUCACCCCGACUAAUGUCACAUAUGGUGCCUUAGUAGAUGGGUUAUGCAAGCAAGAGUUAAUUCAUGAAGCUUUCUAUCAUUUUAACAAAAUGAGAGACAUGGGUUUGCAGCCUAAUGUAUUAACUUACACAUCUCUCAUUGAUGGAUUUUGUAAAAGUGAAUGCUCAGAAGAAGCAACUAAGCUCUUUCAAGAAAUUGUUCUGAAUGGAAUGACUCCAGAUAAAGUUGCUUACAUGGUUCUGAUGCCUGGUUAUUUGAAGAGAGGAAACCUACAUGAAGCUUUCAUUUUGAGAGACAAAAUAUUAGCAAUGGGUAAUGAGCUUGAUUUGCAUGCCUACACUUAUUUGAUAUGGGGAUCAUGUAUUCACCAAAAAAUAUAUAAGACACAAACCAAAUAG